GGUCAUAGUGUUUUCCAGCUACAAAAAAAAAAAAAGUUUUAAAAAAAAAGUCUUCCACUUGUUUUUCAAGAGAGACGAAAACACGGAGAAGCUGAAGAAAUGAAGCAACUAGCAAAACUCCUUCUGUGGCAGAUUUUACUUCAGCAAAGUUCUGUUUAUUUAUACUCAGUCCCAGCUGAUGCCUCAAACCCAAACAGUGUUGUUGUGUCAGUGUUAAAUAUCAGUGCUACGUUGGGGUCACAGGCUGUUCUGCCCUGCAAGAGUUACCGCAUGGUGUGGACCCAGGAUCGUCUGAAUGACCGCCAGCGUGUAGUCCACUGGGAUGUGUACAACAACUACUAUGGAGAUAACAAGAUGGAGAGGCUAUGUGACAUGUACUCAGCUGGAGAUCAGCGUGUAUACAGCUCCUACAACCAAGGGAGGAUAUUCAUGCCCCAGAAUGCAUUCACAGAUGGCAACUUCUCCUUGGUGAUCAAAGAUGUUGCAGAGAGCGAUGAAGGCACGUACUCUUGUAAUCUUCACCAUCACUACUGCCACUUAUACGAAACUGUGAAAAUCCAACUAGCUAUCACCAAGAAAGCUGAGGAUGCAAACCAGUACUGGGAUGGGGAAAAGCCUGUGAUUGUUGCCCUAGAAGGCAGCACAGUGAUGCUCCCCUGUGUGAACCGUAACCACAUCUGGACUGAACGGCACAGUGAAGAGGAACAACAAGUGGUCCACUGGGACAGGCAACCCCCAGGGGUUCCUCAUGACCGGGCUGACCGCCUCAUUGAUCUGUAUGCCUCUGGUGAGCGCCGUUCUUACGGACCUCUCUUCAUUCGUCAGAAGAUGAACAUCACAGACACAGCCUUUGCCCUGGGUGACUUUUCCCUGCGGAUUUCACAGCUGGAAAGUGCAGAUGAAGGCACUUACUCCUGCCACCUGCACCAUCAUUACUGUGGCCUGCAUGAGCGCAGGAUCUACCAAGUCUUUGUGACGGAGCCGGUGAGAGAGAAGAAGGUGGUGAACCUCACAACUCACAACAUUGCCCCAGCCAUAGAUCCAAAUGUUGUCAGGGGCCACAACGUAAUAAACGUCAUCAUCCCUGAGAGCCGGGUGCACUUCUUCCAGCAGCUGGGAUACAUCCUGGCAACUCUGCUGCUCUUCAUUGUCCUCCUCAUCAUUGUUGUCCUCAUCACCCGCAAGCGCCGGCAGAGAGGUUAUGAAUACAAUGUGAAGAAAUAUGGAGAGAAGGAUGUAAAUCUUAAAGAAUUUACAGUCGACACAACAGAUCUGACUCAAUACAAAAGUGAAGACAUCAGGCUGGAUUACAAAAACAACAUCCUGAAGGAGAAGGCUGAGCAAGCCAGAAGCUUCCCAGCAAAGCACAUUGAUUUAGACAAAGAUUUCAGGAAGGAAUAUUGUAAAUGAAGACAUUCCCAAGCUGCUGGCUGGACCAGAAGCUUCAAUCAAAGACAGAUAAAUGGAAGAGAUGCCUUUCCUUAAUAUCAUGUGCCUCCAGUUACCAUAGAUUUUUUCACGUAGACUUUCUCCCCACUAAGCACAAGGGUAUUUGCAAAAGCUUCUUGAAAGAGUUAGACCGUCUGUCUUGUGUGCACUUAUGAUGGGUUUUGGUUGCCUUUUCUUCUUCUGUUCUCCCAGUCCUCCAUUCCCCUUUUCUUUCUUGAUAUUAUUGUUGGUUUUAUGCAUCAAUGAUUUUUAUGAGCUGAAUCAGCAGACCUUUUGCUUUGAUGUUACUGCUUUAAAUAAACCAACCUGCAUUGC